GUGGUGCGGUGGUUAGCAUCGUGCUAAAGCUAAAGCUAAAAACAGUUUGUAAAAUGUCUCCAAAGGCUGAAGUCCUGAGAGCGCAGGUGACAGAGCGGCUGACUGCGGCUGCGCACGAGAUCUGUGCGCUGUUUGAAAGAACAAUAGCGGAGUAUGAGGAGGAACUGAGCCGCUCCAAAGAGGAGAACCAGAGGAAACAGCGGCUCCUGGACUCGGCUCUCAGUCCACAGCUCCGGCUCCACAGGACACAGGGUGUCCAGACCCACUGGUCCAGCCCUGAGCCCAGUGUGAAGGAGGAAACCCCAGAGACUCCACAGAUUAAAGAGGAAGCAGAGGAACAGAGCCUCAAACAGGAACAAGAGGCGCUCCCAGAGUUCACUGCUGUGUGUGUGAAGAGUGAAGAACAGUCCUCACUGCUUCAACAAGGACAAACUGAGCCCAGAGAGGAAGCACAGGGAGAGCUCUGUGGAGGAGCACGAGCACACAUCAGCACAGCACACACACAUGGACAGGUCCACUCACACACUCACCUACAAACUCACAACUCUUCAGACACUGACUGUGAUGAAGAGCCUCCAGCCAGCACUUCAACUGCACACAUGGAGACAGAGGCUGACCACAGAGAACACUACGACCAAGGACAGAGACGAGACACAAGUCCAACUGCUCACGACUCAGGUCUAUUCAGUAAAUACAGGAGUGGAGCCGAGCCCAGAGCCACCGGCCCCGAGGGACCCCUGUCUGGGACUGCGGGAGGGGAGAAGAAAUAUGAGUGCUUUGUUUGUAAGAAGAGAUUUGCAUCAAAACUACAUUUAACAAUUCACAUAAGGGUUCACACAGGGGAGAAACCUUACAGCUGUUCAGUCUGUAUGAAAACAUUUGCCCAAAAGGGGAACCUCACCGCACACAUGAAAACGCACACAGGAGAAAAACCUUACAGCUGUUCCAUUUGUGAGAAAGCCUUUGCCCGGAUGUCAAUGCUCAAUCGACACAUUCAGGUUCACACUGGCGAGAGACCAUACAGCUGUUCAGUCUGCAAGAAAGCCUUUUCCCAGAAGUUUGACAUGGAUGUUCAUAUGAGAUCCCACACCAGCGAAGACCUUUAUAUGGCCCUGGGAGGGGGCGGGGCCGGGUGGAUUGGGGGUGUGUCCUCUGUCCAAACUGAACCAAUCGAAUCUGUGGAAGUACAACCGCCCACAAUGUGACUCUAGGACAGUCUGCUGCAACGUCGAGGAGCCGCGUCCCAAUUCAACGGCUGCGAUGAGGCCUGUCCCAUUUCACGCGCCGACGAAUGCGGCCGACAAAUGUGCCCUGCGUGUCCAUGGAGAUCGGCCGUGAACGAAGCAUUUAUCCGAGCAGACGCUGCGCACUUCUACAUCCCAUCAAGCAGACCGCUACAGAAUAGUUUUAAAUGUAAGUGCAGGUUUACGUCACCUACAGCGUGAAACUCUUAAAACUUGAGUAAAAAGCAGCUGUCACGGUUGCUAGGCGACGUAACGUAAGCGCACAGACAGCGGUUGACAUAUGCUGAGCUCGCUUCGUCGGCCGGACCGUUUGAAGGAGCGGCCGUUGGAUUGGGACACGGGGUUUACUCUGAGUGUGAACAUGAACCACAGACCUUACAGGUGUCCAGUUUUAAGUUUCUUUUAUUACAUAAAUGUGUGGGACGUUUCAGGGCUGCAACGAACAAUUAUUCUGUUAAAUCCGCUCUGUUCAAUCUGUUCAGAUGUUUCUCCUCCAGGUUCUGGUCGUUUCUUCUCUUUGAGCCUCUGAAGUUUUAUUUGGACUGAUUCAUGUUUGAGUUUAAUUUUUAAUCCACUAUUUUUGAGACGCCAUUUUGUUUAACCGUAUAACCUCCACCAUGACAUGCCCACUGUGACACGCCCACUGUGACACGCCCACUGUGACACGCCCACUGUAACGUACACACCUUCUGAAGUUUACAUUUCACCCGUUUCAGCCUUUGUGUGUGUGUGCGUGUGUUGUGUGUGUGUCUGUGUGUUACAUAAUGAAAUGGAAGGACCUGGCUCCUCUGGCUCCUCUGUCUCCUCUGUCUCCUCUGGCUCCUCUGGCUCCUCUGUCUCCUCUGUCUCCUUUGUCUCCUUUGUCUCCUCUGUCUCCUCUGUCUCCUCUGUGUCCUCUGGCUCCUCUGUCUCCUCUGGCUCCUCUGUGUCCUCUGGCUCCUCUGUCUCCUCUGUCUCCUCUGGCUCCUCUGGCUCCUCUGUCUCCUCUGGCUCCUCUGGCUCCUCUGGCUCCUCUGGCUCCUCUGGCUC